UGACUCGGAUCCUCUGACUGUCUCUGAGAGAGCUCCAGCCCGACACGUUCCCAUUCUCUCACCCAGCAGCACGCUCCACCAUGAACGGGACGUCCGGCCCGGUCAACGGGAGCUGCGACGGCGUGUCCUCGGACGACCUGCUCAGCUCGGACCGGGGCACCGUCCUGGGCUGCGUGGUGCUGGCCCUGGCCCUGGCCCUGGGGUUGCCGGGCAACGCCUACGUGGUGUGGGCCCUGCUGGUGCGCGGCCGGCCGCAGCGGCCGGGGGGCCCGGGCCAGGUGACCGCCCUGCUGGUGCUCCACCUGGCGGUGGCGGACGGCGUCACCCUCCUGACCGCCCCCUUCUGGAUCCGCUUCCUGGCCCGCCGGGACUGGGAAUUCGGCCUGGCCGCCUGCAAGGGCCUGCACUACGUCUGCUGCCUCAACAUGUACGCCAGCGUCCUGCUGCUAACCGCCAUGGGGCUGGACCGGCUCCUGGCCGUCACCCGCCCCCUGCUGGCCGCCCGUGUCCGGCGCCCGGCCCACGUCAAGAGGCUCCUGGUCGUCCUCUGGCUGCUGGCGGCCAUCUUGGCCGUGCCCGCCCCUUACUACCGGCAGGUGGUGCGGCCCCCCCUGCUGAACGGGAGGCUGUGCGAGCCCCAGCACCUCAGGCCCCGCGACGAGCUCUUCCACUACCUGACCGAGACCGUCUGCGGCUUCCUGGUGCCCUACGGCACCCUGCUGGCCAGUUACGGACUGGUGGCGGCCCAGGCCCGGGCCCUGCGGUGGGGGCCGGGCAGCCAGGGCCGGGCCCGCCGGCUGGGCGGCCUCAUCGUCGCCGUGGUGACCGCCUUCGGCCUGCUCUGGCUGCCGUACCACGCGGUCAACCUGGCCCAGGCCUGGGCCCGGGCCCGGGCCCGGUGCGGCCUGUGGGGCAGGCUGCAGAAGGUGCGGCCCGGCGUCACCGCCCUGGCCUUCGUCAGCUCCGGGGUCAACCCGGCCCUCUACGCCUUCGCCAGCCUGCGGCUGCUGGGCGGCUCCGGCCCCCGCCUGCUGGGCAGGGUCUUCGAGGGCACCACGGGCGAGGGCGGGGUGCGGGGCUCGGUCUGUGGCGCCCGCGUGGCGGUGGGGCGGAGCCCCUCCCCCUCUGCCCACGGCCCCGCCCAGCCGCUCUCCGACCCCCAGCGGCCGAGCCCCUCCCUUCCGCGCCCCACCAACGCCUCACUCACAGUCCCCUCGGCAACGGGAGGGAGGGAGGGGGAACUUGACGUCACCGCGGCCUGAGCCCCAGUGACCCCAGAAGGUCCCGUGACCCCUGGCGGCUCCCCGUGGCCUUUGCGGUGGAUCCCGUGACCCUCAGUGGAUCGCUUGACCAUCGUCAGAUCCUGUGACCCUCGCCAGGUCCCGUGACCCUCGUCAGAUCCCACGACCCUCAGUGGAUCAUGUGACCCUCGUCAGAUCCCAUGACCCUCAGUGGAUCCCGUGACCCUCAGUGGAUCCCGUGACCGUCAUCAGAUCCCGUGACCGUCAUCAGAUCCCGUGACCCUCAGCAGAUCCCGUGACCCUCAGUGAAUCCUGAGAUCGUCAUCAGAUCCCAUAACCCUCGUCAGAUCCCGUGACCCUCGCCCGGUCCCGUGACCCUCAGAGGAUCCCGUGACUCUCAGCGGAUCCCGUGACCCUCAGUGGAUCCCGUGACCGUCAUCAGAUCCCGUGACCCUCAGCAGAUCCCGUGACUUUCAGCAGAUCCCGUGACCCUCAGCAGAUCCCGUGACUCUCAGUGGAUCCCAUGACCCUUGUCAGAUCCCGUGACCCUCGUCAGAUCCCGUGACCUUCAGUGGAUCCCAUGACCCUUGUCAGAUCCCGUGACCCUCGUCAGAUCCCGUGACCUUCAGUGGAUCCCGUGACCCUCGUCAGAUCCCGUGACCCUCAGCGGAUCCCAUGACCCUUGUCAGAUCCCGUGACCCUCAUCAGAUCCCGUGACCCUCAGUGAAUCCCGUGAUCGUCAUCAGAUCCCAUGACCCUCGUCUGAUCCCGUGACCCUCAGUGGAUCCCAUGACCCUUGUCAGAUCCCGUGACCCUCGUCAGAUCCCGUGACCCUCAUCAGAUCCCGUGACCCUCAGUGGAUCCCGUGACUGUCGUCAGAUCCUGUGACCCUCAGCGGAUCCCGUGACCCUUGUCAGAUCCUGUGACCCUUGUCCGACUCCGUGACCCUGGGUGGGUCGUCAGCGAGCCUGCGCUGGCUCCCCCUUCCCCGGACCCUCGGGAUAACCAGGAAUAUCAGGCUCUGACUGAGCGAGGGAUAGCACCCUGCCCCGCCCCCCUCGACGCCUCCACUCCAAACAAAUCCGCGUCCGAACAAAUCCCUCUCCGGCUCUGGUCUGAAAGCGAACUCUCGGAGAGGGGAGGGAACCUGUCGGAGAGAUCGAACCGCCGGCCUGACCAGCUCGCUCGGAAAGACAUUCCAAGAUGGCCGCUGGGCCGAAUGGGCUUCGUUCCCGUGGACUCGGGGCAGGAAAGGACUCGGGAACAGAUGGGGGGGAUAUCGGAGAGGACAGAGACUCGGGAUUGACGGCUUCACGUGAAGUUCGGGGAUUGUCCAAUGUCGUUUUAUGCCGAAGGAGAUCCGGGAGGAUGAGGGGGUUGGCGAUUUACCGGCUCGCGCGGCCGGCGCUCCCCCAAUCUCCUCCCGGCGCCAAAAGUUUAGUCUGAGGCAGAGCUCCAGGAGACGCCCAGCGCUGCAGGGAAUGCGGUAACCCCUCGCUCAACCUCCACAGGAUAACGGCGCCGGGGGGGGGGCGAGGGGAGAGGCCGCACUCCCGCCGACGGAGACGCUGGGGGUGGACGCAGAGAGAGAGAGAGAGAGAGAGAGAAGACGUGGCGCUGGCGGUCAGAGAAAACGUUGACGUACCGGAGAGCCCGGGACCACACCCUCAUUCCGCAAGGAGCUGGGCAAAUUCUGCCGGUGCCCUUCCACUCCCCCCAGGAAGUUUCCCCUGACCACGGGCGUUGGGGCUCUGUCUGCAGACAGCUCCUUCCCCGCACUAACAGAUUCAGGAACAGCUUCUUCCCCGCACUAACAGAUUCAGAAUCAGCUUCUUCCCCGCACUAACAGAUUCAGGAACAGCUCCUUCCCCGCACUAACAGAUUCAGGAACAGCUUCUUCCCUGCCCAUUGUAGCUGUCGAUCUCGCUGUGUCCGUCCUGCCGGAACGUCGCUUUCCUGAUGGUGUCCGAUCCCCCGGACAUCUCUCAGCAUGCGGAGGAGAUACCGAACGUUUCCCUGUCUCGCGCUGGACGCCGGAUCCGCUGUUGUUCCUCUCUCCCAGCGGGGAGAGGGUGCCGUGACCAUCAGGCGGGAUGGAAGGUCGCG